ACACAUCUUAUUUCUUUCUUUAGUACCUUUUAAGUUUCAAGAAUUGUACUAUAGUUUGAAAGUCAUAGAAAAAAAUAUGUCUGGCUUUUAUGAAGUUUGUGGUGAGGAACUUUUUCAUGUUCAUCCUGAUCCUGUUAUCUUGGAACUCAAUAAUUUGCAGAACCAACUCAAAGAGAAGGAUCGAGAACUUGGAGCAGCGGUAAGUGAAAUUAAGGCUCUGAAAGCAUCUGAAGUCCUCAAAGACAAGGUUCUUGAAGAGCUCGGAAAUGAAUUUCAAAGAUUGGAAGGAAAGCUGAAAAUUGGCGAAAAUGUAGUUGAACAAAAGAAUCUUGAUAUCAAACGUCUUGUUAACGAGAAGAAAGAAGCACUGGCUGCACAAUAUGCUGCUGAAGCAACUCUUAGAAGAGUAUACGCAGAUCAGAAAGACGAUGAUUCUCCUCCUUUUGAGUCCAUUAUUGCUCCCCUCGAGGCAGAGAUUAAGAUGUACAAGAAUGAGAUUGCAGCAUUACAGGAGGAUACAAGGUCAUUGGAAAGACACACGAGGUCUAAAGAAGCCGCGUUGCUUGAAGCAGAACGGAUUCUAAAAAGUGCUUUAGAACGAGCAUUAAUAGUAGAAGAGAUUCAAAAUCAGAACUUUGAGCUAAGAAGACAGAUUGAAAUCUUCCAGGAGGAGAACAAAAUACUUGAUAAGACGAACCGUCAAAAGAUUCUUGAGGUGGAAAAGCUUAGCCAAACUAUUUUAGAGCUUGAGGAGGCAAUUCUUGCUGGAGGAGCAGCAGCUAAUACACUUCGUGACUACAAACGACGUAUUUCUGAGUUACAAGAGGAAAAGAGGACAUUGGAAAGGGAACUAUCAAGAGUAAAGGUUUCAGCAAACCGAGUAGCAACUGUCGUGGCAAAUGAGUGGAAAGAUGAAAAUGACAAAGUUAUGCCUGUAAAACAAUGGCUAGAAGAAAGAAGGCUGUUGCAGGCAGAGAUGCAACGAUUAAGAGACAAAUUAAACAUAUCAGAGAGAACAGCGAAGGCAGAAGCACAACUCAAGGAUAAGCUAAAACUGAGGCUCAAAACACUCGAAGAAGGUUUGAAGCAAGCAUUCAAUCCUAAUGGAUCGACAAAACCUCAAAAGACUAAACACUAUCUUGGAAAUAGCUUGGUAAAAAAGAGUUUAUGGACUUCUCGAAAUAAGAUCAUUGGCAAUACUGUUGGAAAGGAAAAUGCAGAAAUGAAGGAGAACUCUAUUGUGGAUAUAAACUACAAAGAAUCCAUAGACACGCAUAAGAUCAAGAACCGAGGAGGUGAUCAGGAUGAAAAUAAGACUAAUGGAUGCAGCCAGAGCGAUAACGAUGAUAUAGUAUCUGGUUUUUUGUAUGACAAGCUACAGAAAGAAGUUAUCUGCUUGAGGAAAUUUUGUGAGACAAAAGAGUCAGCUUUGAGCACUAAAGAUGAAGAGAUUAAGAUGCUAACAAAGAAGAUUGAGAUGUUGUCGAAAGCUAUAGAAGUUGAAGCAAGAAAACGAAAAGUGAAGCAACAAGGAUCAUGAGAACAUCUUGAAGAUUCACGUAAAAAAAAGGGCAGCUCGGUGCACUAAGCUCCUGCUAUGCGUGGGACACUAUGAAUCUUGAAGAUUCAUGUAAUGGAACAAAAAAGUGAAGCUACUCUCUUGGUUUUCAUCCGUCUGAUUCUUGUAUUUCUUGUAUAUACAUACAAAGAAUGAAUAGUAAUUGAUCAAAGGAAUAAAGAUUCAAUUAAUUUGUGAUGUGUAAAGUGAGUGAUUAACUCUGUCACAACUGGAAUGUAAUAAUU